AAACUUGCUUACUAGUACAACCUAAUGAAGAUUUUAUUUAGUUUGCACCAAUACAUGUGCAAAUCAUGUUGUGUAUUUAUUUGUAGCUAGUGGACUUCAAUUUAUCGCAUCAAAUGUCUAGGCACGAAUUUAUUAUUUGAAUUCACUUAUAAAUUUCUCUCAUAUGGGUUCAUUGCUUGUUGUUUUGUCUGGUUCACUAAUACCGCCUAUCCUAGCGAAUUUUACGGACCUACUGGUCCAGAAGCUUCUCAGGCGCAAGCAUUUACUUUUAUCGUUAGAGACCAACGUCUGGGGGCUAAUGUAGGAUCCGCUCAAGGACCGACCGGUUUAGGUAAAUAUCUAUUGCUAGCUCUGAGUGAAUUAUAUAAUUUUGUUCUGUUCAGCCGAAAUCAAACGAAAAAUAUGAAUUGAUGCAAGUGUGCCUACCAAAUGUCUUUGAUGACUCGAUCCUAUGUGAAUGUGUCUAAUUGGACCUCUUUCCUUUUCUAUGGGCAUAGUAUAUAGGAUAGUACCUCAUCCAAUUAUAAUUGGGUUGCCCAUAGAAUCACAUACAAAACUCUUUUGAUUUUUCAUUUAAAGUUAGGAUCAUUAGAUUUUAUAGUCUGGUUAUUACAGGUUUUUUAUUGUUAAGGGUGUAAUAAAGGGGUGAAAUGCUAAUAUUUCUCUAAUGUUGUUUUCUUUCUUGACACAACUAUCAAAAUCGCAUCCUUUACACCGUCGAGGCGAAACCCAGUGGGUCGAAUAAACCUUGUUUGCACCUAACUCAACCAACACUCACCCAAACACUUCGACCCAAAAACCAAAUUUGGAUAUUCUUCUUAACCUAGCUCUUCUAUACAUUUCCCCUUCACAUUAACAUAAUUUUACGUUUGACGGUAAGAAAAUAAGAAUAGUCAAAAACUCUAUGACAUGUUUUAUUGGGAAGAUAACAAAUAAUCGGUAAAAGAGGAGAGUCUACGGCCAAACUUACGCAUAAAAAUUGCAAAAAUAUAUACCCACCAUCUAUAAUAGCGGGAUACAUAACUAAAAAUGGACAACUUUACCAUAAGACCAAAAAACAAACAAAUGAAAGAAAAAGAAAGAUAGCCUAUAAAUACACACCACAAUUAGUCUCGCUUAACAUCCAAAACACACACCAAUCAAACAUCUUCCUAAACAAAAUCACACGAAGAAUCACUUGCGUACGAAAGAUGAAGCCUGUUACAUUUCUCAUGGCUCUUACUACAGUCGCAGUCGUUCUCUCCACCGUCAGUGCUAAUCCCUACGGUGGGUGGCAGCCGAUAGAGAACAUACACAACUAUCGCAUCCAGGAGAUUGCCAAGUUUGCGGUAGGAAUGCACAACUAUGAAAACAAUUUCAAAGAUCCGUUGAGACUUGUAAGCAUUAGGAGGGGCCUUGUCCAGGUGGUGGACGGCAUGAACUAUAAGCUCGACGUGAUGGUGGCUGAAGGCAACAGGCUCGACUCCAAGGGGAGUAUGUACCGAACAGAAGUUCACGUGAGGCUUGGUGCGAUGGAGCUCAUUUUUUUCACACGUAUAGUUAAAGGGUUAAAUUAAGAUCCUGCAUGAACAAUAAUUUAGCAGUCUUUGUUUUAGUUUUUUUUUCAUUGUUUUGAUUAAUAAUUAGGAAUAACAUAAACUUUUGUUGGUUAUCUAGUAAUGUGUUAUUAGUUGAUUAUGUCCUUUUUAUCAAAAGUGUGAUUGUGCCCUUAAUUAAUUGCUAGUGUCUAAUUUUUAUCUCUACAAAUCGCUCGGCUAGAUAUCGUUCUACCGCACCAAAUCUCAUGAACAACUGAAGUCAAAACCAACAAAUAUUCAUUGAGGAAGACUAUUUCUAUGUGUCAAAUUAAUUACUGCAUCAUGACAUAGGCUAGAAUUUUAGGACUUUCGAGAAUAACGAAUGUUCAUGGGACAAGUUAAUACACAAAAUUGUAAACAUGAAAUUGCAUCGAUUGUAGUAUUACUACAAGUACUAGUGCCCACUCAAUUUCGACUCGACAAAGCAACCAGUGUAGUUGUUAUCAAGGCUCCUUUGUAUGGUUUAAAUGUAAGGGAGCAGAGUAAAUAAAAGGUGACGUGUUUCCUUUGCGGAAACUUCACAAAUUACUGCCUAAAAAAGGUUACAUGUAAGGAAUCCUUGAAAGGACAAAUAGUGACGAGAUUGAUUUGUUUAGAAAAUAUUUAGGAAAAGAAUCCUACUCGGAGUGGUGGCUAAAGAUUUAAAUUUCAACUAAAUCACAUAGAGGAGAAAAAUUAAUUGGACCAAAUCCGAGAAAAUGUGUCUGGUUCCACCUUAAUCCACACUUUUUCGUUAUAUAUAUAUAUAUAUAUAUAUCAGUCUCUUCCAAAUCGGUUCAUCUUAGACUAAACCAUAUUGUACUCACCAUUGAAUUUUACAAAAAUGCUCUACACCUUUCACAACAAAUUAUCGGAACUUGCACAUCUAAUCAUUAAUUUGUAGCAUUAUCAUGUUAUAUACCGUCGAACUACAAGUGGUUCUCCAUGCAUAGACUUGCUUCUUUUAGGUGUCGUUUGGUUUUGGUGAUUGUUUGAUGGGGAUAGUUACAAUGCAUGUAUUGUCCACAAUACAUUGUUUUUUUAUAUUUUCGGCACAAACAAUACAUGCAUUGGUUGCUUGAUUUGACACAAACUAUCACUCAAGUUUUUGGUGAGAUUGUUGAGAUAGUUGGUGGAGAUUGUUGGCUUAUUUUUGUUCCAACUUCAGUCACUCGAAUUACUUUUUUUUUAUAUGAAUGUCAUUCGAAUUACUGAAACAUGUCACAUUUAUUCAAUUUCUCGUUAGUUUCUGUCCAACUCCGUUAACGGAGUUAGACGGAGGCUAACGAGAGUGAUUAAAUGUGACAUGUUUCAGUAAUUCGAGUGACAAAAAUUGAUAUUAAUUUUUUCUAGUAACUAAACAUGACUGAUUUAGUAAUUUCAGUGACCAAAUGUGGCAUUUAUCCCAUGUGCAAAUCAUGUUGUGUAUUUAUUUGUAGCUAGUGGACUUCAAUUUAUCGCAUCAAAUGUCUAGGCACGAAUUUAUCAUUUGAAUUCACUUAUAAAUUUCUCUCUACUAGCUUUUAGUGAAUUAUAUAAUUUUGUUUUUGUUCUGUUCGACCAAAAUCAAACGAGAAAUAUGAAUUGAUGUAAGUGUGCCUACCUAAUGUCUUUGAUGACCAGAUCCUACGUGACUCUGUCUAAUUGGACCUCUUCCUUUUCUAUCGGCAUAAUAUAUAUGAUAGUACCCUCAUCCAAUUCUAAUUGAGUUGUCCAUGGAAUCGCAUACAAAAUUCUUUUGAUUUUUUUAUUUAAAGUUAGGAUCAUUAGAGGUUGUAGUCUUGUUGUUAUAGGUUUUUUAUUUUAUUUUUAAGGGUGUAAUAAAGGGGCGAAGUGCUCAUAUGUCUCUAAUGUUGUUUUCUUUCUUGACACAACUAUCGUAGUCGUCAUCCUUUACACCGUCAGGGCGAAACUCAAAUGGUCAAAUAAAUCUUGUUUGCACAU